AGUGUAUGGUAUGUAUAUAAUCUUAUGUGUUUCAGCAACACAACAACUCUGAUCGUACGCCUCUCCAGUGACAUUUUAGCAUGCGUUUUUUGUUUUUGUUUGUUUUUUCCCUCUGUAUUGCACACAGUACUUGUUUGCCAUCAGAAUUAUCUCAAGGCAUGUGUCCAGAGAUUUGUCAUCAAGUUUCUCUUGUUUGUUUUUCCACUCAACCAAAGUAGCUUACUGAGAAUGCCAAGCACCUGCUAUUGAACAUAAUACCACUCAGGAUGUUUGUCUGGCUUUUGUUUAUCUGUGUUUGUGCAAUGAGCUGGAAACAAGGUUCAAAGGCACAACAGGGAAAGUGAAAGGCAUUUGUAAAACAGGCACAUCAAGUAACAUUUUUACAACUUUAAGUGUUGCGUGUUUGCUGUUGUGAUGGAGAAGAUCAAGCUAAUAAAGAUGUUUGUUUGAGUUUUGAGGUCAGCGAAAAGGAGAUCAUGACCCUCUGGGAUCCCGCAUUGUGCUCUGGUCAGCAGGGAAUGCUUGUUUUGGGCUCACAGUGCAGCCGGAUCUCCACCUUGUGGCUUGGACCCCAUCUUGCAGCGCUGAACUACUGCCUGGCAGCCACGCUACAGCUUACCCAAAUCAAUAGAAGAGCUGUUAUAAAAAGGCUCAGAGAGCCAGCUGUGGGUAAAAGAAGGAAGAGGACGUCCUGUAUGGAGAGUUAUAAGCUCGAGGGUCACCGGGUCAACGACUGGAACCUGACAUCACUGCUCAAAUGCCUAUAUAUUAAAAGUAAGGAGGCUGUGCAAGUUUUGCGACGUGCAACCAACCAGCUGCACUGGUCGGGGAAGCUGCAAAAUGGAGUGUGACAUCACAGCAAUCUGCACCCAUGACGACGAUGUGUGUGUCGCUAUUUGGAGGAAGAAGGACGAUAAUGUCACUUUUGACACCGUCUGCCACAACCCAGCUCACAAGCUGUAUGGCCUAGUCCUAGACGACUACAACAGCAGCAAGUGUGAGAUGAAAGAAAGAAAGGGCAUGGGCUCGUCGUUCUUCAUGUGCUCCUGCUCUGAGGAUGAGUGCAACGACCGUAUCAUCUUUAAUGCCUACAUGGAUUCACAGCUUGCCGUCAUCCUAGUGAGCCUGGUUCCUCUUCUGAUCAUGGCGAUUGUGGUCAUUACUUCUUUCUACUGUUAUCGAGUCUACCGCCAGCGCAGAGCUAAUGCAAAACGCAAGAAACUGGACUUAAGUGAUGCUCACGCCAUUAUGGGGGACGACGAGGGUUCCGACAGCAGCUCAACGCAUGCCAACAACCUUAACCACAAUACUGAGUUGUUGCCCAUUGAACUGGAUAUACAGGUGGGGAAAGGUCGCUUUGCUGAAGUUUACAAAGCCAAACUCAAGCAGGGAUCCUCCGUCAGUGACGAGCACGGUUUUGAAACUGUGGCGGUCAAGAUUUUCUCAUACGAGGAGUAUGCCUCCUGGAAGAAUGAGAAGGACAUUUUCUCAGACGCCGACUUGAGGCAUGAAAACGUGCUGCACUUCCUGACAGCAGAGGAGAGGAAGGUACAGAGACAGUACUGGCUGAUUACAGCGUACCAGCCAAGAGGCAACCUCCAAGAUUACUUGACCCAUCAUAUUAUCAGCUGGCACGACUUGUGGUUACUGGGAGGAUCGCUUGCCAGUGGACUGGCGCAUCUUCACAGUGACCACACACCAUGUGGCCGCUACAAGGUGCCUAUUGCACACAGAGACAUUAAGAGCUCCAACAUACUAGUGAAGAGUGACCUGACCUGCUGCCUGUGUGACUUUGGGCUUGCGCUCCGUCUGGACAAUUCACUGUCUGUGGAUGAGCUAGCCAAUAGUGGACAGGUGGGAACUGCAAGGUACAUGGCUCCAGAAGUCUUGGAGUCCAGGAUCAACCUGGAAAACAUUGAGUCCUUCAAACAGGCUGAUGUGUACUCCAUGGCACUUGUACUGUGGGAGAUCAUUUCCAGGUGCAGCGCUAUUGGAGAGGUGAAAGAGUAUGAGCCUCCCUUUGGAAACUUAAGGGAGCACCCAUGUGUAGAGAGCAUGAAGGACAGCGUGCUACGAGACAGAGGAAGACCUGAGAUUCCCAACAGCUGGAUCAACCACACAGGCAUCCAGGUGGUUUGUUCGUGCAUAGACGACUGCUGGGACCACGACCCAGAAGCCCGCCUGACAGCCCAGUGUGUCGCCGAGCGCUUCGACGACAUGGAGUACUUGGACAAGCUGUCCGACUGCUCCGACUCAGAAGAGAAGAUCCCCGAAGAAAUCAUUGUGGUGGACGAGAAGUAGCGCUCGACCCAAAACACACCGCCCCCUCCUGGGUGACAUGAAAGCAAACUGGAAAAAUCAGAGGUUAACUCUGAAGACCCGUGGACCUUUUGGAUCUUUCUCAUCUCAUAUACAGGCUUCCACAGACUGGAUCACAAACAAACAGGGAUAUCACAAUAUAAAGCUUUUAACCAAAUACUUUUGCACUUUAUGGUUAUCUAUGCACACUAAACGGCAUAUAUCCAGUGCCUCUUAUAUGUCAGGACAAAUACAUUUCAGGCAUGGAAAGGAAAGGAAUGUGUAUUUCAAAUAAGAUGUUUAAAUUAGAAAACAUUACUAAUACUAAGACUGCUAAUGACACUAAUGUUCCAUGUACGUUUCAUGGUGGAACUUUAACUUAUUGUGACAUAGCAGUGGCGCGUGUGUAAAGAAUCCAUGGCGAUAAUUUGUGUUUAAAAGCAACUUUGAAAACCAAAAAAGCAAAUCCGCCUGAAAGAGGGGGAAAAAAAAACAAAAAACACCGUUGUGUGUGUGUGUGUGUGUGUGACUCAGCAGUGUGAUCUACAGUAAAAAAAAAAAAAAAAAAAAGUCGUCUGCUUAAUCACUGCAGACAUUAAAGGGGAAUAACGUACGUACAGUAUGUAAGUCGCCAACCUAAAAGUUCCGGCCUGCUGCCUGUAAAAGCUGAACUAUUGUUUUUGUUUUUGUGACAGAAACAGAGGGAGUAUACAUCCCAUGCUUGGAAAAAAGAAAUUAUACCAGUCAUGUGUUUUGUAUAAAAGAGUUAAGAUAUAAUUUAGUGUUACCAUAUCUGAAAUAUUAAGAGGUGUUAUUGAGGUUUUCAUGGGUUUGUCAGCUGGUUUGAGCAAGCCAGUGAAAGAUGGACUCUAUUCUAUAUAUAUUACACAAGCAAUGACAAAAGUAUGUUGCUUUGCUUGUAAUUUUAUCAGUACAGACACUAACUUUUAAUCUAUAUGCCUAAACUUGGAAAAUUCACAUCCUCCGUUAUGUCAUUUCUCAUUUUGUCCAUUUUACUAGGAGUUCUCCUUGUUUACAAUAUGAAUUACCAAUUUUCUGUACAGCAGCUUCCACCAGCAGUUGGUCCUGGACUGGUCUCUUUGUUCUGCUUUCUUUAAAUAAACAUUGGCAGGAUUUGGGACCUCAGCAGUCACUAGACCACAGACAGGGGCCUAAACCAAAGACUCAUAUCACAGUUUUCAUUUCUGUGUUAUUAUCCUAUUCUGGAUUAAAUUUUUUAAUCUAU